AUGCCCCACGUUCAUGAGGCCAGAAACGUGCCCGAGGCCCCUAGCACCUCCCUGACCAUCCACGUGUUGAACACUCUGACGGGCCAGCCCGCAACAGGCCUGGCAACGCACCUGUCCUGGCUCGAAGGCCCCGGGCUGCAAUGGAGGGUGCUGAUGACGAGCUCUACCAACGUGGAUGGGCGCUGCCUGCUCUUCCCGGCUCCUGAGCAGGUGAAGGCUGGCACAUACAAGCUGCACUUCGACACUGGGGCUUACUGGCAGUGGCUGGGGUACACUAGCUUCUACCCCUAUGUGGAGGUUGUCUUCACAGUCACAGAGCGAACCUGGAAGCUGCACAUCCCUCUGCUGAUCAGUCCCUUCUCCUAUACCACCUACAAGGGGAGCUAG